AUGGAUAUGUCAAAUGCAGAAACAAUUAAAUUUAAUCCAAUUGAAGUAUAUGAAUUUUUAAAAGAUAUUAAUCAAGACUUUUCUAUAAAAUAUUUAGAAACUACUUGUUUAAAACCAGACCUUGAUUCUAAACAAUGUGAUAUUUGUAAUCUUCUUAUUUAUGCAUAUCAAGAUCGUAUUAAACAGUUAUCCAAUGAAUCUGAACGAAUGAUCAAAGCUAGACAACAAGAAAUCAAAGAUAGUCAACAACAAAAUUGUAGAGGUAUCUUAUGCUUUACUAAAACAACAGAAAAAAUUUUCAACUUAACGUUUAUAUAUAAAGAACAUAAUUGCUAA